GAGAGCUUGAGGGAGCGAGUCAAAAGUAGCUUCCUUAUCCCUAGCAUGACUGUGAUGUGUUAGCUCGCCUUUUUUUAGCAGCUGUUGUCAUAGUAGCGAGGCCUAAAGGAAGAAAGGAAAGUCCUAUGGAGGACAUAGCUCCAGUCCUCCACACGCCAGCUUUCUUUCGACGCUCGCCUCCACUUUUAGCCGUUCGUAGCUAGCUUCUCUCUGGGCUCGGCGUGGCUCCUUCACCAGGGGUGUCUUCUUUAUAGCUUCGCCAUCGUCUUCGAACAGAAAAAAUAACUUGUUAAAUCAAAUGUAUGCAUCACCAUUACAUAGGUGGUAGGCUUGUCACUACUACUCUAUUGCACCGACUUGAAAGAUGGCCACCUGCAGUUAUUUAAAGUGAGCCGUUUGAAAAAGUUUCUCAAGAUCAAAUUGGGACGUUUUCGUCUUCAGACGUAACACAUCCAUUCAUUUUUAAACCAGGGGUUCUCAAACUUUUAAAGAAAAUCCAAGGACGUAUAUGUAUAAUGUAACGACCAACUAUUACUGAUCUUUUUCAGUUUUUUCAGUUAACGCCACUUGAUAUGUAUUCAAUUUUCUUUCCGUCUGCCUCACCGAUUGAAAGGUGACGGAUCGACAGUCAGCACAGAGCUUUUAUAAGUUAUGGAGCAGUAAUGGGUGGAGUGUUUGUUUUGUCGGCGUCCUGGCCCUCAUAUGUACGAAGUUAUUCAGAAUAGAACUGGUGUCAUAAAAUCUAAACUACAAUUUUUUACGUCUCAAGUAAUUCCCCUGGGCUUGAACGUGCUUUUCCAGCCUCCACUGUCACACUUUCAUGUAUUCCUGGAAGGAUUCUUAUGGAAUCCUUCACAGCACCGUCAUCACGGCCAACUAGUGAUCCACAUCUUCCAAACGGGCCGAGCUCAAUGACCCUAAUGGGCUUGGGGGGGAAAAAUCACACAGGGGUAGGUGAGGAGAAAGUUGUUCCAGCAACUCGUAUCGGGAGCUAUCCAAUGCUCAGUGCAGUGUGAGCAGGCAUAACUGAUUAAUUGGCUGAUCAAUUUAAAAUAUUUCUAAUGCAAAAAAAAAAAAUCUUCUUGGAUUCUUGAAUGUUUACAACAAUAAAGGUAUGAAUUUCAGGCAGAACAUCAAAACUUUGUAUUUCACCGGACAACAAAAAAACAAAAAACAAAUUGCAAACUAGUAAUGAAUUACCUAAUAAUUACUAAUGAAAUAUAAACGUAUAUUGGGAUUUUUCACCUGUUUUGGAUGCUUUUGGAUCACUAAAUAUGUCCCGGUUGAACAUCAUCGAUAUUCCUGAGAAAGAAAAUGAAAGCAGACGUUUCAUAAUUUUCAAAAUUUACGUGUGCACCAUGUUGAUGAUGCCAAAAAAGUUGUACACAUUAGAUGUCUUAAAGCUCUAUUGUUGCCUCGUAUCGUAGCUUGCCUGAGCGGGUGGGGGGUGGAAUGAAUGAGCGUCGCCGAAGCGUGAAAAAGUGGCAAACAAUAUCAGCUACGUGUGUCUGUCAGUCGCAAAUGUGCCUUUUGUCUCAGAGGGAGACGAAACGCUACUCGAAACAACUUGCUGCCCGUCAUUUGGCAACUUUUGGGUGCUUACGUUUAGGCUGGAUUUGAAAAAAAACUAACCGCUGCUACUGCUGCUGUUAGUCGCUCAUGUCGUUUCCCAGACAGAGAAAGACAGAGAGAGAAAAGGGGGGGGGGGGCGAGGCGACAAAGUUGUUGGUUAAAAUGAAAGAGGAGUCUGGUGGCAGGAGUGUAGAGGAGGCAGCAUAUGGCUGUAGAAAGAGCACAGCUGGAGGUAGCAUCUCCAUCUGAGGAUGAUGUCAGAGCAGCUGACAGGCUGCCAUCCACCCACCCCCCUCCCUCCCUCCCUGGCCCUUUAUUGUGAGACAGCCUGGGAGAGUUAGUGUGCGUGUGUGUGUGUGUGUGUGGCAGUUAGUAGCAGGCAAGAGGAGGAGGAGGUGGGAGGUGGUAUCUGGUUCCCCCUCCAACAUCUCGGCCACUUUGCAUCUGUCCCUCGCACUUUCAACAGUGAGCUGCUGCUGCUGGUGCUGGUGCUGCUGCUGCUUUUUUUUCCCCUUCCUCCUCCUCACACGCAUUUGCCGGCUCACUCGCUACCCACUCACAGGACAGGCGAGAGAAGCAAAGGACGGACGAGCAAGCGAGAGGGAAAGCGAGAGAGAGAGUGAGCGCGCACAAGUCACAGAGCUCCGGCUCCUCGGCCACGCUGGACCUCAUCGAGUGGAUGCGGACUGCUGCAGGUUAUGAGGACAGCAGGAUGGAGUUUCCCGACCACAGCCGACAUUUGCUCCAGUGUCUGAGCGAGCAGCGGCACCAGGGCUUCCUGUGCGACUCCACGGUGCUGGUGGGCGAGGCGCAGUUCCGCGCGCACCGCGCCGUGUUGGCCUCCUGCAGCAUGUACUUCCACCUCUUCUACAAGGACCAGCUGGACAAGCGCGACGUGGUGCACCUCAACAGCGACAUUGUAACGGCACCGGCCUUCUCGCUGCUGCUGGAGUUCAUGUACGAAGGCAAGUUGCGCUUCCAGGACCUGCCUGUGGAGGACGUGCUGGCCGCCGCAUCCUACCUGCACAUGUACGACAUCGUCAAGGUGUGCAAGAAGCGGCUCAAGCGCAAGGCCACCGCCACCGAGGCCGACAGCACGCGGCGCGAGGACGACGGCGCCGGCUCCAGCUGCUCCGACAAGGCCGACAGCUUCUCGGAUGGCUCGCCGGGCCGGCCCGCCGCUGCCGCCGCCGACCUGAGCGACGAUGAGGACGAGGGCAAGACAGCGGCGGCGGCGCUUUGGCUGAGGAUGCCUUCCGCUGACAGGCCCGGAACGCCGGCCGCGGUGGCCCCAGCCAGCCCGUGCCACGGCGAGGCCGAUGUCAAGCCGGCGUCGCCCGCCGGGAGCCCAUCCAGUUCCACCGGAUCCCUUUCGCAGAGGUCACAGCGCUCGCGAAGCCACCGCAGCAGGUUGUCCAACGACGCCGCCGACUGCGUCUUGGACUUGUCUGUCAAACCCACGGCGGUCGUCAACCACCACGCCGGCUACUUUGGCGGCGGCUCCCCGCCGGACAGCCUCCGCAGCCCACCAGCCAUCAGGGUAAAGGUAGAGAGGAGCGCGGCGUCGGACGAGGACGAGGACCUGGCUGGCGGGGACUACGAGAUGGAGCACAGCGGCAAGACGGCGGGGCACGGCGGUGUGGGCGGCCCCCUGUCGGCGCAGCGGCGCCUGGGCCUGGAGGCGCACCUGUCGGCCCUGCGCGAGGCCUCGCUGGCGUCGGAGCUGGAGCGGGACGACAAGCCGCCCGGCGACGAGGUUCCGGCCGAGGCGUCAGCGGGCGGCGGCGCUGACAGCGCUCUGCUGCCCUAUGUGUCCAACAUGCUGGCACCGCCCCACACACAGAUCUUCAUGUGCCCGCUGUGCAACAAGGUGUUCCCCUCGCCGCACAUCCUGCAGCUGCACCUGAGCUCGCACUUCCGUGAGCAAGAGGGCGUGCGCUCCAAGCCGGCCGGCGGCGACGUCAACGUGCCCACGUGCACCAUCUGCAGCAAGACCUUCUCCUGCAUGUACACGCUCAAGCGCCACGAGCGCACGCACUCGGGCGAGAAGCCCUACACGUGCGCCACCUGCGGCAAGAGCUUCCAGUACUCGCACAACCUGAGCCGCCAUGCCGUGGUGCACACGCGCGAGAAGCCGCAUGCCUGCAAGUGGUGCGAGCGCCGCUUCACGCAGUCGGGUGACCUCUACCGGCACAUCCGCAAGUUCCACUGCGAGCUGGUCAACUCGCUGUCAGUCAAGAGCGAGCCGCUGGCGCUGCCCAAUGUCAGGGACUGGGCCAUCGAGGACAGCUCGCAGGAACUCUGGAAGUAGACGCGCCCGCCGCUGCCCUGCGCCGGCAUCGCCUUUCAAAGCGCCGCCUCUUGACCUUUUGUCCAGCCCCGGUGCAGCUUUGGAAAAUGAUCAAAAUGGCACAAAAAGUACAGUUGACAGAUAGCCCCAGAGAAUAGCGCGCCCCCCCCCCUCCCAAAAACCAUGCAAGUAAUUAACGAAAGGAUAUUUACCAGUGAACCCCUAUCUGUCGCGGUGGGUCAUUCCAGACCUGCCUGCAAUCAGUGAAAAGUUCAUGUUACAGAGUUGACACCAAUUUGUGCUUUCUUAUUAGUGGCAUCAUGCACAAAAACUGCUGAUUCCAGGGAAAAAAAAGGUGAUUAUACAAAUAACAAACCUCAAAGGGGGGGUGCGGGGGUUCACUGCAUGUAAAUUGAUAUCAGGAGAAAUCUAGCUGCCUCUCAAUUUACUUGCACGGGUUAAUUGUACCUGACACCAUCUAGUGGAAGAGUACAUCAUUGUCCUGCCCCUCACUAUACGUGGCCGGCGGCUUCAAUAGAUAAACGAUGAAACGAGAUGAAAUGGCGUAAAGAGAUGCUCAUUUUGGGCUGACAUGCGGCUGCACGGCGGUUGGGAAUUCGCCUUUGAAGGGGGCGUGGCCAUCCAAGUGAGUCUUGCACUUUAAUAGCACAUGAACACGUUACUACUGACUUGGGGGUGGGGGGGUUGGGUCGGGUCAUUGCAUUCUCAGUGUCGCUGAAGGUCUGGCGUUUCAACUUUUCAUUUCCGUCUCUCAUCUCACCACUCGGCCGGCGAUACGCUUAACGGGUAUCACCAUGCAUCCUUCGAAAGAUGUGUGUGCAUGUUUGGUUGCGCCUGUGUGUGUGUGUGCGUGUGUGUGAGAGACUGUGUGUGUCCGUGCAUGUGUAUUCAUGAUGUUCCACUGGCACGGUGGCGAGCGAAGCGUGUUGCCUGUGACGUGUUCAGGGAGCGACUGACAACGUGAAAUGUUGGCACUCAUGCAAUGCACAGCCUCUUUUUUUUCUUGUUUCCAAUCAGUUUGAAGUAUUUUCUAACAUUUUACAAAUGAUUUACUGAUAGUUUUCUUCAAUCUAGUUGGCAGACCGUUUUGUUGAGGAAAGUAUUUAAUUUAAGGUUGUAAAUUGUUCUGUUAUAGUUUAAAUUCAUUUAUGAUUAUUAUUAUGAAUAAUUUUAUUGGAAUUCUUUUCCCCUUUUUUUUUUUUACCUGCUGUUGUUGCAUGACGUCCACACUUGUAUAUUUUAAGAUUGUUUUUAAGACAAUAAUGUGAAUUUGCUGUGUUACUGUACACAUUGUUAUUGAUCAAAUUUGACAAUUUUUUUUUUUUUUUACAUAUUUGUGAAUAUACGACUACUACUCCUACUACUACUCCAGGGUGAAGCCAAGCUGACUACGACUGGUGGGGGAGGGGGGGAAACUGAGGAUUUUGUCCUUAAAAGUUGGAAAUUUGUGGGUGGGAAAUGUUGCUGAAGCUUUUGAAGCUGGUGUCAAUGUGUGCACUGAUCUCUGCUGUGUGUGUGUGCGUGACAAAAAGCACCUUUUUAAGCUAUAUUUUAAAAAAGAACGUUAAAAUAUGUGCGUGAAAGAUGCCUUUUAACUCCUCAUUUGCGAUUGAACAUGUUUUUGUUAUUUAAAAAAAAAAAAAAAAGACAGAAUUUAUCCAAAUCAUCACUGGAGGUGUUUUCAUCAGAGCAGAGUUUUAAAAAAUGGUGGUGUUUUUGAUUUUUUGGUUUUUUUUAAACAAAAUCUUUAGUAUUGGGGGGGUGGAGCUCAGUUUGGGAUUUUAAAAGAAUCGUAAAGCGUUUAUACAAUCCAAAAAAAAACAAAGGAGUUGCAGAACGCACCAGACCUCAAUGUGUGCGUGUGUGCCCCAAACCCGCCCAGCCAUCUGACCUGCUGCGGUUUGCAUCAUUACUGCUGUCGUUUUAUUUCUUUUCUGGUUUUACUUGACCGCCUUAAACUGCUGUAGUCCAGGCUGAUUGUUCUUAAGAUUUUCUUUUGGAAUUAUUAUUAUUUUAAUUUAAUUGUAUUUGUAAUAAUUUAUUUGCGAGUGUCAGGCUGUGAACUAACCACACUCCAACUUUUUUGCCGUGUUUACUUGAAAACAAGGAGUGUGGGACUGUGGGUGGUCUUUUUAGAAAAUAAAUGUUUAUGGGGAGCUUCAAAUGUCUGGGGGUAAAAGGACAAUCACCAUCUGAGGGAAUAAAAACAAGCAAUUACUUUUUGUCAGAUCUAUUUGCGCCCCUGUUGAGAUUAAAUACAUUUGUUUUAGUUUUACAAUUCAUUUGAAAUUGAGUUUUAGUCAUUUUUAGCUUUGACAAUCAUUGUUUAUUUUUCUCAAGGGGAAGUAAAUUCAAAUUGUGUUUAGUUUUGGUCAUUUCCGGUGUGCUGUUGACGUUAACAUUUUUCAAUUGUGUGCAAACUGCAAUAAAUGAUCAGAUUCUUCA